CUAUUCAUCAUGAACCCGCGAUAAGAGGAAAAACGACAAAGUCAGAGGAGUUAAGCGCAAUGUUGAGGAUAGGCAGCAAAAGAUCGGAAAUUGGGAUAAAUUCAUCAUGUUAGAUGUUAAUAAAGCAAGCCUUGUCAUUUUUUUGUGCACUGAUGUGUCCCAACAAUACUGCACAGAACCAAGAAGAGAGUUGAUCCUAAGUGGUGGUUUCAGUGAUAUGUACAAAGUUUGGUCUUCACGUGAUAGAAGUGUGGCUAGUCUCUCUGCAAGCCAUGAAGAAGCGGAUACCCGCAUUCUUUUGCAUGCAAGGGAUGCAGCAAUAAGUGGAUAUCAGCAGGUCAAUGUUGUUUCCCGUGACACUGACGUCCUURUUCUUCUGGUAGCACACCUGCCUAAACUUUGCCCAUAUGUUUGGAUGUUUACUGGUACAUCAAGGAAAAGAUCUUACAUCGCAGUACACAAAGUAGAUAUYUGUGAGGCAAAGAGAAAUUCACUUCUUGCAUUUCAUGCCAUAACUGGUUGUGAUACYACCAGCCAGUUCGUUGGAGUUGGCAAAGUUUCAGGUUGGAAGGUCUUUGAAAGUUGCCCCGAGUUGCUUGAAAAMCUCGGGGAAAUGCCACAGAUGACAGAUGGAGUAAUUUCGAAUGCUGAACACUUUGUGUGCAAACUUUAUGGCAAAGAUGAAACCUCAAUUGAUAAGUUAAGAACCAAAGUGUUCCRAAGCACCAAGACAAGCUUGAACUCUCUACCUCCAACACAAGAUGCYCUCCAUCUUCAUAUCAAGCGUUCACAUUAUCAAACUCUCGUUUGGAAGAAGGCACUAGAACCGCGACCUGAACUUCCAAGCCCCGACGGUCACGGUUGGAUCAUGGAGGAUGAAGUUCUCAAGUCUCACCUUAUGACUAAAGACCCGAUAUCAGCAGCCUGUCUGCAGCUUGCAUUCUGCGGUUGCAGCAAAGAAGGCUGCACAACACGACGUUGCAAAUGCARGAGUCUAGAAUUGUUUUGCUCUAAAGCCUGUAAAUGUAGUGGUAUAUGCCGKAACAUCCCUGAUGAUCAGAGCCAAUAA